GUGGUGGUGGUGGCUGAACGCGGACUGCAGCGGUGGGAGGGAGCGAUCAUCUCGGCACGUGCGCGCGCGCGCGCCAUCUGCCGCUCUCACGGUGACUGGGAGAUGAUGGAGCUCCACGGAGGGGAGAGGUCCCCUCGUGAGCUUGGGGGCUGCGCUGAUGGAGAGAAGACCCCGUCGCCCACAGGAGGGGUCCCUGUAAGCAGGACCCACUCAGCAGCCAGCCACCGGCCACGGAAGCCAUUCCGGUCGACGAAGGGAGCGUCCAAGGCGCGCCGCGCGCUCCUCGGCGCGGAGCUGCGCGCGCUGCGGGACCUCCUCCCCGUGGCGCGCGGAGAGCGCGCGCGCCUCUCGCACCUGCACGUCAUGGCGCUCACGUGCGUGCGCGCGCGCGCCGCACGCACGCUCGGCACAGGAGUCGCAGAGGGGGGCCACUGGGACCCCAUCCUCGCCGACCCCGCCUCAGCGCUGCCCGGGUUCCUGCUGCUGCUCACGGUGCACGGGAAGAUCGUGCACGUGGCCGACUGCGUGAGCGAGCACCUGGGCCACAGCGUGGUGGAGCUGCUCUCGCAGGGGGACAGCAUCUACGACGUCGUGGAGUCCAGCGACCACGAGGAGGUUCGCCUCUCGCUGCAGGGCCCCACCGCGCAGAGUGCCGAGGUGUCCUUCGUGUGCCGCAUGAACACCGCGCGCUCCAUGCGGCGCCCGGGGCUGGGAGCCAGCCGGCCCAUCCUGGUGCGCGGCCGCUACCUCCGGCGGCACGGAGGAGGAGGU